UGCGCGGCGCCCAGCGGGCCGCGCGGCGCCGGGCGCUGUCGUGGCGCUGCCCGGGUGAAUGAGGCGGGCGGCGGCCACCGCGCCGAGACCCGGCUGCUCCCCGUCCUCCUCCUCCUCCUCCUCCUCCUCUUCCUCCUCCUCCUCCUCCUCCUCCUCCUCCCUCGGCAGCUCCGGGCGCAGCCAUGAGGCGCGCGGGGCUGGGUGAUGGAGCACCGUCGGGUAAUUACGGCUAUACCAACAGUGGAUACAGCGUCUACGAGGAAGAAAAUGAAAGGUUAACGGAAAGUCUGCGCACUAAAGUCAGUGCCAUUAAAUCACUUUCUAUUGAAAUUGGAACAGAGGUUAAAAACCAAAACAAAAUGUUAUCAGAAAUGGAUAAUGAUUUUGACUCUACAGGUGGGCUGCUAGGUGCAACUAUGGGCAGACUGAGAACACUCUCCAGAGGGAGCCAGACAAAACUCUUAUGCUACAUGAUGCUCUUUUCAUUGUUUGUUUUUUUUGUAAUAUACUGGAUUAUUAAACUGAGGUGAUGCAUGUUAUCUUCAGUUUAAAUUGUGUAAUUUCAACCAUAGAAGUCUUAAUUAAUGAAGACCUUGAUCUGAACUGGUGCAUUCUGUUGAUAAAACACAAUGAAAUUGUUGUAAACUGCAUUAAUACUUAAUGCAAUGUUAUAUAUAGUUUUCUUAAUGUAUCAGAAUUUCUCCCACUAUCCCCUGUUUUUGGGGAAUUAUUUGUAAACACGCAGAAACUGCUAGCAUUCUGCGUUGCUUUUUUAGGAAAAAAAUUUUUAGAAUUGAUUUAAAAACAAAAAAAUGAAAGAAUCCCCCCAAACAAGGACUAUUCAGAUGUGAACUAUUUGCAGAAUUACUAGGCUUUCUCUUACGUUUUGUUUUUCAUUCUGGACCAUGCUCUAAAUUAGAGCUCCAGUUUCAGGCAUGUAGUAAUUUUUAGGUUGCAAAAGCGUGAACAAUAUGUGGAUCUUUCUGAAUUGGUUUUAUCUGUGUUUUUUUUUUUAAAAGGUUGGCCUGAGGUAACAAAAAUAAUAGUGAUACCCUCCUCAAAUUAUUUUUGCGAUGCCCAGAUGGAUAGGUUUAUUAGUCUACAUGUUUAGAUAGCUUAAACUUUUCAUUUUGCAGAGAACUUACUUAAAACUGGAUUUUUCAUUUAAAUGUGACCAAUAAUGCUUGCGCAUCUGUACUUUUAAGCAGAUAUGGACACAGUACAAGUGCUUCCUUUUAUAUUUAAAAUAUCCAAAACGUAACGAUUCCAUUGAAUCACUAGAACUUUUACCAUUAGUUUCUUUACUUUUCAGUCAGUGAUGAGUCCCAAAUCUACACUGCAUGUCUGAAAUAUGAGGUUGAGUAUUUUUAAUUUUGUAUUGAAGUAUAUUAUGAUGCACCUGUUGGAGGUGCUGUCAUAUUAAGUUUUUUUUUUUUUUUUUACUUUUAACACUUAGCUUUAGCUCACCACGUGGUUUCUAAUAGUUGAAGCUAUUACAUUGCUGAGUUCAAAGUUCAAAAAAAAUGUUUUCUAGAUAUGAAAACUGUAUCUAAUUUUGAAUGACUUUUCUAGAAAUACUGUAUAACGUUGCCAUUAAUAACUUAAUUAUGUUCUAACAAAUAAAAUGUCCUGGAGUAUUCUCA